AGCACGAGUCGCAACAGUGCGUCUCGGGCGAUCGUGGGAGGAGGAUCGAUGCGUUUUCGUUUCUCUCCGUAGCAUCGCGUUUCUUCUACCAAUAUAUCCUAUCGCGUGUUAUAUAUUAUUUAUUUUUCAAGACUAUCUCUUAAGUUUUCCUUUCUUUCGUUUACUUCUUUUUUUUUUCUUUCUCUAUCUCUCUAUCUUUUUUCACUCUCCAUCUCUCUCUUUCUCUCUCUCUCUCUCUCUCUCUCUCUCUCUCUCUUUCUGUUUCUCUGUGUGUGUCUCCGUCUAUCUUUCUAUCUCUCCAUAAUUUUUAAUCUUCGUCGUCAUCGUCGUCAUCGUCGUCAUCGUCGUCACCGUCGUCGUCGUUUUAUCGUGCUAAUAAUAAUAUAUUAACAAAGUGAUACUUAAGUCGAUUAUAAUUCGAACUGUUUAUUUAUUGUUUAUUAACUCGAGUGAAUUCUUUUUUUAUAACGCUGCUUGCUUGUGCAUAAAUCUCGAUUAAUUUCCUUCUCUCUCUUUCUCUCUCUCUCUCUCUCUCUCUCUCUCUCUCUCUCUCUUUUCUUUCUCUCGGAAAAGAAGAUAAAGAAGAGGACAAAGAAGAAAAAGAAGAAGUAGUAAUAGAAGAAGAAGAAGAAGAAGAAGAAGAACACAAGGAAGAAGAAAAAGAAGAAAAUAUGAGUGGUGAUAGAACGUCGAAGACGAUGGUUCUAUUAAUUGUUUCGAUCGUCCUUUCUUCCCUUUGGACGACGUCCGUCAACGGCGCCGGCUUGAAAUGUGAUGCUGUCAGGCCAGAUUUCGAAGCACAGGGCUUUCCAUUGAGCGAUAUACCGAAAGAACCAAUUUCAUCAAAGGAAUUGAAAAUAUGCGGUGGUAUAAGCAGCGGAGGGGAAGUUUGUUGUUCUGCCGACAUGGAACUACGAUUACAAGCAAGGGCACGAGAUAAACACGAAAAAGCAACCAGGGAUACCCUUCAACGACUUCAUCAGCUCUUGUCCACUCGUGGAAAUAGGUUUCACAGUUUCUUCAAGGAGCUUUUGGCGACCAGCAAGAGAGGCUUCCACGAGAUGUUCAAGAAAACCUAUGGGAUUUUGUAUGAACAAAAUGCUUACGUCUUCACGGAUCUCUUUAAAGAACUUGAGAAUUAUUAUGCUAAAGGAACGGUGAAUCUGGACGACACGAUGGACAAUUUCUUCAAUACGCUUUAUCAAAAAAUGUUCACCGUGUUGAACAGUCAAUAUAAGUUCGACGAUAAGUAUUUGGAAUGUGUGGGCGAUCAUAUGAAGGAAAUGAGGCCGUUCGGUGACGUACCUCAAAAACUCAGCGUUCAAAUAAAAAGAUCGUUCGUUUCGACUAGAGCUUUCAGUCAAGCUCUAACAGUCGCUGCUGACGUUCUGAAGAACAUGCAAACGUUGAAAUCAUCAGCAGAAUGUGCUGCGGCGUUGACAAGAAUGACAGCCUGUCUCUCGUGCAGCGGUAUCGCAGGGAAGGUGUUGGCUUGCGGCGACAUGUGUACUAACGUAAUGAAGGGGUGUUUAGCACAGCACGUGGCGCUUGACGGCGAAUGGAAUCAAUUUGUCGAGGCCUUCGACAAAGUAGCCGAUCGUUUACUGGGUCCGUUCAACAUAGAGAUGUUGAUGAAACCAAUAAACUUAAAGAUAUCGGAAGCGAUAAUGAACUUUCAAGAGAGCAGUAGCGACGUCUCGCAAAGGAUAUUCACCGGUUGCGGACGUCCUGUCUUGGGUAGACGAAGACGUAGAGAUAACAGAGAAUUGGAACUUGAAUCGUUGAACUUCGAUCAGGAAACGUCGGCCGAGGAUCGUUCCUCAACCGCUGCGAUAUUGGACAAGCUCGUCAAAGAGAUACGACAGAGGGUGAGAGAUUCUCGACAGUUCUGGGUCUAUCUACCGUAUCAGCUGUGCAAUGAUGGUUUAGUCCAACCACCUAGUAAUACAAAGGAAUGUUGGAAUGGCACCCACGUUGAUAAAUAUAUAUAUCCGGUAUCUUCGGACGGAGAGACGCAACCAUUAAAUCCGGAAGUACGAAGUAGCGGACCAAGGCCUACGAUCGUCAGAGAUCAAAUAUUUGCAUUAACGACGAUAACGAAUAGGCUUAGAUCCGCGUUCAAUGGUCAAGACGUCGAUUGGAUAGAUACAGAGGAAACGUGGUACGGAUCCGGAAGUGGUUCAGGUGAUGGUUCAGGUGGUAUAGACAACGAGAAUCAUUUCGUUGACGAAGGAUCGGGUUAUGGUGGUGAUCAUACGUCUCCAGAACAACCACCGAAACAAGCAACACCUAAUAAAGGUCCAGAAGAAGUACCAACGAAGAUAGAUUCAGAGACCAAGCCAAAUACAAACGAUAAUGUCAAGAAACAUGGUGGCAAUAAUACAACGUCUACGGUUGACGUUAGUGGAGCUAGCAGACAAAAAAUAUCAUUGUCACGAGCAUUGACAACGUAUUUGGUGCCGAUCGUCGUUAUGUGGUUUGGUGGAUGUCUCACCGAGUGGCUGUGAUCAUACGGCAUUAUUAUCGAUCCAGUAGUGUACUACAGUGUAAAUAUCUUCUCUCUCAUGUCUGUGUUCGUGGGAGAACGAUAAACUCUUUUUCAUUCGAUGAACGACGAUUUAACUCCUACCCACAUUCUCCUAAAUCAGAACCUUGCCUAACUACAACAACAACCACCCUUUUAUUCUCCCAACCACCCUUUUCCAAAACCCUCGUGAACGUCGUAAAACUGAUAAUCCUUGAGUGACGAAAAAAUUUCGUCAAUAUUCGUUGAUAAACGAUGAUAAAACGAGUGAAGUUCGAGUUUUUUUUCUUUUAUUUUUUUCAUCCACUAUCACCCCCUUUUUUCUCUUUUUCCUUUUCUUUUUUUUUUAAUUUUAUUUUAUUUUAUUUUAUUUUAUUUUAUUUUAUUACGGUUCUAGAGACACUUAUGAAACGAUACUCUCUUUCUUAUAUAUAUAUAUAGACGUUUAUGUUCGUGAUCGAUCAAUAGAUCUAUAUCUCUUUCAAGAGUCUCCUUUACAAUCUACAUUAUGUGAAUGCUUCGAUCAAAUGUACUAUCAUCCUACUUUGUAUUGUAAAUCGUGUAAAGCUUCGAUCGAACCGAACGAGUAUACGAAUUUAUGUCUCGCGACGGCAUUGAACUCUCCAAAGCAUGAGUUCUACUACAUUACUACUAUACUGCUACUACUAUUACUACUACUAUACUACUACUAUUACUAUUACUACUGCUACUACUACUACUACUACUACUACUACUACUAUUACUUGACCGAUCCAAACUGUUUUUUUUUUCUUUUUUUUUCCUCUUUUUUUGGGAAAGGUUCUUUUUUUUAUCUUCCUUAUCAACUCCCUUCAUCCCACCCUCUCACAACACUCCCACCCUCUUCGAACUUCGUUAACUACUACGGGGUUUUGACCGAUAUAUUUCAUCGAGUUAGAUCGAAAGAGAAUGUGUUAGAAAAUAGAGAGAAAAUAAAGAAGAAACUUUUUCAUAUUACAAGUUACAUAUUACUACUAUUAUUAUUAUUAUUAUUUUAUUUUAUCUCUUUUUUCUUUUUCUUUCUCUUUAUUUUUGUUUACUUUCUUUCUUUUUUCUUUCUUCUUUUUCUUUCUUUCUUUCUUUCUUUCUUUUUAAUGAAAAUCUAAACUCGUCCUCGUUAAGGUAGUUUCCCGUGUGUUCUCUUUUUUUCCUUUUCUUUCCUUCUUUUUCUUCUUCUUCCUUUUUUUUUUUUGGUGUUAUUUUUUUCUUUUUUGUUUCUUCGUUUCUUUCUUUCUUUCUUUCUUUCUUCUCGUAUAGAAAAUUACGUGUUAUCGCGACGUGAAGAAACGUAAUCGAAGUAUCGAAUUAUUAAAGAAACGAAGCUGCGUGCAAAUUCGAACGAUUGUGUCGAGAAGAGAAAAGAGAGAAAAAAGAGGAAGUGAAAGGAAAGAAAAUGAAAGAAAGAAAGAAAGAAAGAAAGCAAGAAAGAAAGAAAUACAAAAUAGAAAUAGAAAUAGAAAGAAAAAGGAAAGGGAAAAGAAAAGGGAAAAAGAAAAAAAAAAUAAAUAUGGCGCAAAGUCCGACGUGCUGCUGAAAAGGCUGAAAAGUUAGCUCCUGUGAUAAAAUCAAAAUUAAUCGAGCUCAAUCAUCUCGGCCAAUGACUUCACGUUUCGUACUUGAACGCGCUAAAUUUCCUUCUUCGCUGUAACGCGCGAAUCGAAAAUAAAAUAAAAUAAAAUAAAAUAAAGUAAAGUAAAGUAAA